GAGCCAGCGGGGAAGAAAGAAGCCGAGCUGGCGGAAGGCGCCCUCCCCGCCGCCUGGGCCCGGGCACCGGGUGCCGGGCGCGGGGUCCUUCCCGCCUCCCGCGGUCGCCGGUCGCUUUGUUUCCCCCGCCUCUGCGCUCCGGGCUACUCGAGAGGGGCUCCCGCCGGGGCUGCACAGGGAACGCGGCGGCAGGAAGGGCGGCCGACCGCGCCGGGGACUCUCAGGGACCCAGGAGUCCGGCCGCCGAGAGGGCCGCGUGACGAGAUCCAGGAGGGAUCCAGAGCUUUGCCGCCCAGGGGUGCGGGCCGGGGGCGUCCGUGAGCAGAGACCUCCCCGUCGAGGGGGGGCGAUGUUCCCCUCGCCCGUGGGCUCUUCGGGCAGCCAGGGCAGCCCGCCGCUGGGACCAGCGCCCCCUCAGUGGGCAACCCCCCAGGCCAUUCCAUGGAGACUCUGUGCCAGGCUCCCCGCCUCGCAGUGCCAGCGUCCCCGCGAGGGUCGCCCUGCUCACCCACGCCCCUGAAGCCGCGUCGGGGGACCCAGGAGUUCUCUCCGCUGUGCCUGCGUGCCCUUGCCUUCUGCGCCCUUGCCAAACCCCGAGCGUCCUCUCUGGGCCUGGGGCCUGGGGAGCCGGCGCCGCGGGCCCCGGUGCUGCUGGGCCCUCGCGCCCCCCUGUGCACAGGCGCCUGGGCCCCGGAUGGCCUGAAGCACCUCACGGGACAGGCCGGACGGUCCAGCGAUCCGAGCUCCCCAGCCGGCCAGGAUGCCGACGCCGCCGUGUGCCCCGGCCGCGGCGAGGAGGAAGAGGGCGGAGGCUGUUUCCCGCACUUCGGCGCUCGCUCCAGCGGACCUCCGGGCCGCUGCCCGGCGCCUCGGAGCCCUCGGGAAUCUCCGACCAGCUCCGCCGCGACUUCGCCUAGGCCAGUCCCGGGUCUCGAGUCCCAGCCUGGCCCCGCCGCCGCCAGCCCGCUUCGGGAGCCCGAUUCCCGGCCUCCGCCGCCACCUGCGGGCCUCUCCUUCGAGCCCGCGGGGUCCGAGGCUGCGCCGGAGCCGCCCCUGCCAGGCCAGACGACUGCAGUCGAUGGAACACCCUCGCAGGCCGCCCCUGAGGCACCCGCCACUAGCCCCUCGACGGCCAGUGGAGCUCCGGCCGCGCCCGGCGAUCUCCGCCAGGAACAUUUCGAUCGUCUGAUCCGCAGGUCAAAACUUUGGUGUUAUGCUAAGGGCUUCGCCCUCGACACUCCAAGUUUACGCCGGGGGCCGGAGCGGCCGCUAGCAAAAGGGCCCGCCCGGGGAGCCGCCAAGAAACGCCGGCGCCCCGCGCCCCCCCACCGCAGCGCGCAGCCCCGCCGCCCUGCGCCGACGCUGCCCACCACCAGCACCUUCAGCCUCCUCGACUGCUUCCCCUGCCCCCCGGCCCUUGUGGUGGGCGAGGACGGAGACUUAGGGCCGGCAUCUUCGCUUCGCCUCCAUGGAGACUCUAAGCCCCCGCCUGCCCACCCGCUGUGGAGGUGGCAGAUGGGGGGUCCUGCUGUCCCUGAGCCCCCCGGCGUCAAAUUCUGGGGGAUCAACCUGGAAGAAUUCUGAGUGCGAGACCUCUUUUGCCAAGAGGGAAAAGUUGGGGCCACAGCCAAACUGCGGACUCUAGGAUAGAGCCUGGUUUCUCACAUUUGCCUCACCCCUUCAUGUUUUAUGGGCUGUGGUCCGCGGGACCUCAAAUGACAGUGAUCGUCAAGCACCUAACUGAUUGGGGUGACACCCCCCUCCCCCUCAUCCUUUGGAGACGAACUAAGGGCUGGAGUCUGGAGAAGGCUUAACGGAAAAAGGCUUAAUGACAGAGAUUCCAGUCCCUCCCCUCUUCCAUCUCGGAUCUCUGGGGGCAGGGCCUUCACCCCAGGGGGAGCAAAGGAGGCUACCGCUCAAAGACAAGGAAAAAAAAGAGGGAGAGAGACCUUGGUGAUGGACAAACCGGUUGUUUCUGUGGGCGAGCCUGGGGGUGAGGGGGCUGUGGAGGGGGUGGGGAGGUGAUUGGCAGCUCCCUGGGGGCAUCCCCACCCCCACCAUCUAUGUCUUUAACCCUUCACUCCCCUCAGGGCUUCCCCAGCACUCCUAGCACCAAGGA